CGAAAAUGGCUGCCAGGCGAUCAAAGCAAUUAGAAGUAUGGUUUGUCGUGUUUUUUAGUGUCUGGACCUCCGGACUUUUAGCCACAACGACAGGCGAUGCUGUUCGACAAUUAACAGACCAAGCUGUGUGCCAACCUCCUGUUUCAGGAUUCGAUAUUCAGAACAUUACGGAAGGAUCAUGGACAUUCACAGAGACUGGUCAGAACUGUGCAGGUGCUGUUGAUGGUCCCAACGGCAGCCUCUCUAACUGUACAUAUACUGUGGCAUUCUGUCAGAAGUUAACUAACUGUAAUGAUGGCAGUGUGUGUGUUAAAACAUUCAAUGGGACUGGCAAAAACCAAACUGUGCAGCACGUCCAAGGAGGCUUUAUCACAAACCCAUUCAGGGUAACAGACAAGUCAUCUCUCAAUGGUGGAUUUCUGGCAAAUUUUACCAAGGGAGACAAUUAUACAAAACCAGACGGAUCUUGGUGUCAGUUGUCAGCAGUCUUCAACUUUGAAUGUAACAGGAUCCUAUACUGGGUUCCUAAUGAAAACACAACAGCUAUUCCAAAGACCGCCCUAGUAAAAGUGAAAUUUGACAAAGCAAAAUGUCAACUACAGGCAACAGUUGGGUAUGCUGGUGCCUGUAUCUCUAUAACCCCAGCCUCAGCCAUUCCUGAGAACAUGACUGCGGGGACAGUUCUCAUCAUAAUAUUCUUUGUGUCCCUGACUGUGUAUUUUACUUGUGGUGUCAUGGUAAAUCUGGUACGAGGAUUCCGUGGCAAGGAUGUUCUACCACAGGCAGAGUUCUGGACACAACUUCCUGUUCUUAUAGCUGAUGGAUUUCUGUUCACAUGUCGAUGUGGAGCUGAUCAGGAAAAAACUGGAUAUGACAGCAUUUGAUAUUUACUGAUGAUUUAAAAAAAAAAUGGGUAUAGUGUCUGGAGGUCCCAUCUCUAGCCAGAGGAGGAAUUAACUACAGAAAACCAUAUGUGGAAUUAGGAGAGAGAAGGAAUGUGACAAGAAAGAAGCGAACAGAGAUGACAUUCUACUGUUGAAGGGAACAGAGAUAUAUCACAUAAAAUCCUACCAAACUGUUUUCCUAUGUAGAACUUCAUUCACAAUUUUAUAAAAACCCACUAUAAUAAUUGCAUAAUAUUAUAUAAGUCUUUGUGAUAAAAGUUUUCCCUUGUCCAUAUUCAAGUUAGGGUUAUUUUAAUUAAUGUUCCUCUCAGCUAGUUGAUGUUGAAGUCUUUUUGGUUCAUUAGUGUGAAAAUUAAUUUUGUCUUACCCUGACAUUGGUUGUAAACAGAUACAUACACAUAUAUAUUAAAAUUGUUAAAUAUGAUCCCUACUAACGAGGUAAUACAUAAAGGAAAAGAAAAACUGGACAACAACGUACUUUUGUCACAUCUUGGCGAUUCUUCAGACUGAUGACUGAUUGAUGUCUGAAGAAUCACCAAAAUGCGAUGAAAGUGAAGACAUAUCAAUAUUUUGUUUGUAUUUUUUUUAAUAAUGUAUAUAUAUUUACUGUGUUAUGAUAUUUUAUUAUAAUUCAGUGAUCUAUCAGGUUAUAAGUUACCUAAUUAAAACAUAAGUUAUAGUUAGCAUGAUAAUAUUUAGCAUAGAGUUCAUUGUAUAGUAAUGCAAUGCAUACCCGAACCACUCAGGGGAACAUAACUCCUUUGGUCAUGCCGAUGUGUGGAUUUAAUAUUGACAUUUCAUAUUGGCAGGAAAACAGAUUAUGUGGGGGACACAGCAGCAGGUUGGAUAAUCAAAAGUUUAGAUAUCUGGCUUUUAGUUAUGUAGUUUUUAAUGUACACUAUAUGAAUUUGUAUUUAAAAUCUGAAUAUAUGUUGUUGUGUAUAUAAUAAUGACUUUGAAUAAUGAUUGGACAAUGUUGGGCCCAGUUUCAGCAAUACAUGUAUUCCUUACUAAGAAAAUAUCUUAUCAUUUUCAAUAGGAAACCAUUAUAAAAUUUAAGGAAGUUUCCUUAAAAACCCAAUAAUGCUUUCAUAUGGGAAAUUUUCAGUUCAGAAAUUUCAUCAACAAAUGAGGAAAUUAUGCUGAACGUUUGAAACUGGGGCCUGACAGAAAUUUUGUUUCUGCAGAUACUACUGUACUACACAAUUACACUGAUUCUUUAGUUGAUCUGGAUACUACAAAUUAGAUAUUGAUAAACAGGCAGUAUUAGGUACAUACAUUACACAUAAUUGUAAUGGUAGGUAUACAAAAACAUGAACAGAUGAAACAGGUAAACAAAACCAACAACAGAGUUUCCUCUGGCCCUGACUUCAUGUCUACACCAAACAUGGUGUUAGGGCCAGAUGAAACUCUGGCUACCUGUGUAUAUAGCAAAAGAUAUAUUACUUACAAAAGUUAUAUUACAAGUGAUUGUUCUAAUUAAAAUCAAAGAUAAAAUGUUUAAAAGUUAUAUUACAAGUGAUUGUUCUAAUUAAAAUCAAAGAUUAAUGUUUUGGUUCCAAUUUUGAUGAAUUAUCCACAAAAGGAGUUGUAUUAAUCAAAUCUUUUAUGGUUGUAUGAUAUACUUGUUUAUAUAUUUGGUGUUUUUAUGCGGAAAAGGACUUCAAUAUAUGAGAGAAUCUCAAUCAGAAAAUAAUUAUUUAGACUACUAGUAUAUAUAAUUUAAAAAACAAAAGUUUAUUGAUACUAGAAUGUUUUGUAAGCUCAUCCCAGAUUUAAAGAUAUCACAAUACUUAUACUGUAAUACGGCCAGGAGACGCAAAA